AUGCGAAAUCACGAAGAACGACACAUUGUUACCAGUCUGCAUGAAUGCAGGGCUAAGCGCCUAGCAAGUAUCUCCAAGCCUCGACAUUUGCACGAGGUCGACCCCAAAACAACUAUGUGCGGCGCCAAUAUUCCCCUCCCCUCUUCCAGGAGUCAUGAGCAUCCCUAUGUUCUUGGAGCAAGUGAAUCUCUUCAAAAAAACGACAUUGUCAUCGCGUGCGUACUGUGGUUAGUGGUGGCUACAACAGGCAUUGGGAAGACCACAUUCAUCAAUAACUUUGCCAGGGCACUGUUACUUUUGGACAAUUCCCUCCAAGGUUCUAAUGCUGGUGUUCAGGCUGUCGUGAUUCCGGGCGUCGGCAGAAGACAUUUAAUCCUGGUUGAGAUACCCGGCUGUGGCAGCAUUGCAAGAGGCAAUGACCAAAUCGAGAUCCUUGUCAAAGAGUGGCUGACUUCAAAGCAAUUCGCAAGCACACAGUUCCUACACAAUUAUAUCAGGAAACAUUGCAAGGAUAUGUGCAAGCAUCUUGUGCUCGCAACCACGAGUUGUGACAAAGGUCAUGAGGAUAUGAUGGUCAGCGGGAGCUGGAAGCCUUUGAUUGAUAAAGGAGCCACAGUCUUUCGCCUCGACAACACCGCUGCAUCAGCGUUAGAAUUGGCAAUAACCCUCCUUGCGAAGGAUCAAAGCGUCAGUGACGCAGAGCACCUCAACCUCGGGAGAAGGCAAGCCAAAUGGCAUGGCACAGGUACAGCCUUAACUUGCUUGCCUGUCUAUCCAGUUCGAUUUAUAGGACUUAUUGGGGAGCAGCAACCCACUGCCAAAUUUUCAACUCCGCCGUAUUUUCCCAUCACCAAAGACCUGAUCAAAAAAUGGUUGAUCGUCUCAACUGCUCGUAUUUACUUCAACACAACAUUAAUAUCUUACUUCAAGCCUUCCAAACCCCUUUAUAAAAUUCUGUCCUGA